AUGAGUCCCAAACGGGUCGUCUUCAAGAAAGUCUCCAGGGACAAGUCGGUGGCCAUCUACAUGGCCAACCGAGACUUUGUGGACCACUGCGACCACGUCGAUCCAGUAGAUGGCGUGAUCGUCGUCGACCCUUCGCAGCUGAAGGGCAAACGAGUCUACGUGAUGUUGACGUGCACCUUCCGUUACGGGCGGCGCGGCGACGAGGUGAUGGGCGUGGCCUUCCGGCGCGACCUGUUCGCGGUGACCCGCCAGGUGUAUCCGCCGCUGAUGGACAAGGAGCGGCAGACCCGCGGCAAAAUUCAGGAGAAGCUGCUGAGCAAGCUGGGCCCCGACGCCUACCCUUUCUUCCUGGAGCUUCCGGACAACCUGCCCAACUCGGUCACGCUGCAGCCCGGGCCGUCGGACGUGGGAAAGAAAUGCGCGGUGGAGUUCCAGGUCAAAGCCUUCGGCGCGGGCGCUCCGCAACAGCAGGCCGCCGCUGACAAACUGAGCCAGGUGGGGCUCACCAUUCGCAAGAUCCAGUACGGCCACGGUCCCGCCCGGGACGCGGAGAUGUCGCCGACGGCCGAGACCACCUUCGAAUUUCUCAUGUCGGACGGGCCGCUUCGCCUCAAACUCCGUCUGCCCAAAGAGACAUUUUACCACGGCGAGCCGGUCCGCGCCGACGUGUCCGUCGACAACUCCUCCAACAGGACCGUGAAGGACGUCAGCUUGUCAGCGGAGCAGGUGACCAACGUCAUUCUCUACUCGGACGACAAAUACGUCAAGACGGUGGCCAAAGAGGAAACCGGUGACGGCGCGGCGCCGGGUUCCAGCUGGAUCAAGUCGUACACCUUGUACCCGCGUCUGGAGCACAACAAGGAGCGGCGAGGACUGGCUCUGGACGGACACCUCAAGCACCAAGACACCAACUUGGCCUCCUCCAGCGUGGUGAAGCCGGAGGUGCUGAAGGAGCUUCAAGGCAUGUUGGUGUCCUACAAGCUGCUCUUGAAGAUGACGGCCGCGGGGCCUUUGGGAUCCAGCGAAGUGUGCGUGGAGCUUCCUUUCAAACUGAUGCAUCCUAAACCCCAAGCAGCCAAGGAAGAGAGCGAGUGCGACGACAUCACCUUCCAGGAUUUCAAACGCGCUUAUCUCCGCGGGGUCAUCGGAGACGACGACGAGGAGGAGGAGGACGACGCUUAA